CUGCGCUUCUUCACCCUGCGACGUCCCGCUGUUGUGUGACCGUGAAGACGGACGCGCUCCGCUUCACAGUAGACCAGUCGGGAGUCGGCGGCGGCGGCAUUAUGGGUAACUCUACGGGCAGCACGGUGGACGACAUGCAAGCGGUGGAGAUGCACCUCUGGUACAAGAAGUUCAUGACGGAGUGUCCGUCGGGUCAGCUCACCCUGCACGAGUUCAAGCAGUUCUUCGGGUUGCGAGGGCUGGACGCCGAGGCCAACGACUACAUCGAGCAAAUGUUCCGCACCUUUGACAUGAAUAAGGACGGCUACAUCGACUUUAUGGAGUACGUGGCGGCGCUCAGCCUGGUGAUGCGCGGCAAGAUGGAGCACAAGCUGCGUUGGUACUUCAAGCUGUACGACGUGGACGGCAACGGCUGCAUAGACCGAUACGAGCUGCUCAACAUCAUCAAGGCCAUUCGCGCCAUCAACGGCACCGACAGCCAGGAAACGACGGCCGAGGACUUCACAAACAGAGUGUUUGACCGCAUCGACAUCAACGGCGAUGGCGAACUCUCCCUGGAGGAGUUUGUGGCGGGCGCUCGCACCGACACCGACUUCAUGGAGGUGAUGAUGAAAAGUCUGGACCUGUCCCACAUCGUGGCCAUGAUCCACAGCCGGAGGCACAGUGUUUAGGGCGGGGACGGUAUAGGAAUUAUUGUGAUUAUCUGACCCGUGAAGUUAGCCUUAGCCUGUUGCUUUCCAAAUGAAUUCACGGGAGAUGGAAUGGGAACGCCGUCGGGCAUUCCCUGCUAUGAUUUUUAAUGUAUAUAUUUGUAACAUAUGGAAAUAUCCCCAAGGGAUGCAACGCUGCAUCAUACGUACUUUCAUCAAGUGCUUGUUUGUACAAUAAAGUUGACAGGUGUCACGUU